CGCACCUCCUUCCUAGCGCAGAAAAAGAUAAAAGAAAAAAGGAAAAAAAAAUCCAUCCGUCUUCUUCCCCUUGUUCACCAAACCAAACAGAAGCCGUACUCCACCGCUCUUCUCCCCAAUCAGCCAUGCUCGCCCACCGUCUCCUCCUCGUCGCCGUCGCCGUCGCCGCCGCUGCCGCGGCUACUGUGAGCAGCACCGCCUUCGCUAAGCCGACGGCCUACGAAGCCCUCGCCGACUUCGACUUCCCGCCGGGGAUCCUCCCCAAGGGCGUGGUCGCCUACACGCUCGACAACGCCACGGGCGCCUUCACGGCCACGCUCGAUGCCUCCGCGUCCGGCACCGGAUCCUCCGUCUGCGAGUUCUCCAUCCAGGGCUCCUACUCGCUGCGCUACCAGACCAAGAUCACCGGCAAGAUCGCCCCCGACCACCUCAGCGACCUCCAGGGGGUCUCCGUCAAGGUCCUCUUCCUCUGGAUCAACAUCGUCGAGGUCACCCGCCGCGGCGACAACCUCGAGUUCUCCGUCGGCAUCGCCUCCGCCGACUUCGGGAUUGAGAACUUCCUCGAGUGCCCAACCUGCGGCUGCGGGUUCGACUGCAACGACCUGCUCAUGCUCCAGAAGCCGGGGGCCGCCACCGCCAAGCUGCGCCUGCGAGGUGCCUUUUAGAAUUCCACGCCUGCAGAUUCGGUGACUGCUGCUGUAAGCUGCCACUACUAGUAGUGCUGUACUAUGUCUUAGUAGAUGUGGGUUAAUAAUGAGGGCAAACUUGAAAGAUCCCAUCUUUUAGAUGUGGGAUGGGUUAGUAAGUUAAGGACUCGAUUACAUGUUUCACCAACUAUUUCAGACAGUUUUAGGAACAGUCACACUGUCACAGAAGCAAUUGAGAUCUUUCAAAUAUUUUGAUUUAUAAAUCUCUGUAUGGAAUUUGUCUUCUGUGAUGCUUGCACCUCAUGUGAAGUAGUUUCUGAAGUGGUGAUAGUUGAAUCCUAUGGUUACUGAGGGUUA